UAUUGCCAGACGAUUUUUUUUUUCUAAUUUUGAUUGCGAGCGUUGGUCACUGGACCUGACUACUUUCUGUUUCUGGCUGACUACGACAAUCGACGGCCUUCAAAUCUCGCUGCACUCUCUCGCUCUUCUCCCCAACUACCCCCCCCACCACCAGUCCCCAGACGACCAUCUCCUUAUCUCUCGCUCUCACGAAGCAACAAGCCCUUUCUCACGCUCCUCUCCUGUCCUUAUCCUUCACACAGCAGUCGCAAUGGCAGCCCCAGCGUUCAGUGAUAUUGCGAAGUCGGCCAACGAUGUCAUCAACAAGGACUUCUACCACGCCGCAGCCGCCGCCUUCGAGCUGAAGCUCAAGGCUCCCGAUGGAUUGUCCAUCAAUGCUAAGGGCACCUCGCCGCACUCCGGCGCCAUCAGCUCUUCGUUCGAGGCCAAGAAGGUCAUCGCCAAGGGCAUCACCGUGACCGAGACGCUCACGUCGGCCAACAUCGUCAACACCAAGGUCGAGCUUGACAACACCUUCGCUGACGGCCUGAAGGCCGAGUUCCUGUCCGCUUUUUCGGCCAAGGAGGGUGCGAAGCCACACAAGCUGUCCCUGUACUUCAAGCAGGGCCCAGCCCACGUCCGCGGCUUCUUCACGUACAACCCUGCCAGCGGUAACGUCGACGCCACCGCCGAUAUCGCCGUCGCGCACCAGGGCUUCGUCGUUGGUGGUGAGGCUGGUUAUGACCUCCAGAAGGCGUCCGUCACCAAGUACGCCGCUGCGCUCGGCUACUCGACGCCUCUGUACAGCGGUGCCAUCACCGCGUCGGGCAACCUGAGCGUCCUCGCUGCCAGCUACUACCACCGUGUCAACGAGUCGACGGAAGCGGGUGUCAAGGCUACCUAUGACACCAAGACCAGCUCGGCUAUCGGUAUGGAGAUCGCCUCCAAGUACAAGAUCGACCCAGCGUCAUUCGCCAAGGCCAAGAUCAACGACCGCGGUCUUCUCUCCCUUGCCUACAACACCAAGAUCAACCAGGGCUUCACUUUCGGCAUCGGCGUCUCCCUCGACACCCAGAAGUUGAACGAGGCCAGCCACAAGAUUGGCACCUCCUUCACAUUCGAGGGUUAAACGCACUUCUUCCCCACGUAUCUCUCAACCUUUACAAUAUCAUCACCAUCGUCAUUGUCACCACCACCACCGCCAUACUACUACUACUACUACUAUCACCACCGUCUACGAUUUGCAUUGCCGGAGAUACCACGGGAACUGGGCUCGGAAUGUUUUUGUGGGACCCAUGGAUGGAGCAGAGGGGCGGCAGGAACAAGAAGAGACCCCGAAAAAUUACUGUAGAAUUACUGGCAUACUAGAGCGAAAGACUUGCAGCGGCUCAUCCUUGCUUCUUCGGCCUCUUGCCUCCACUUUUCUUUUUCUCUUCUCGCUCGACUCUUGUCCACUCCCGUUUGAAAAUGAGAUAGAUGGAAAAAUGCAGACGUGUGAACGCGUAAGAACCUUGUAUUCAUGUGAGUACGUUCCUCAUUCCAGGUUUGGCUGCAGUCUUCUUCUCACUCGCCUGGUACAACGCAGAUGCCCUAUUUAUUUC